GUGCACAAGUUAAUGCCUCUUCGUCCCUCAUUUUAUAUUUUCUUUAACGCUAAGGGUUUACAUGUCUACCACUUUCCAUUUAAUAUGGAUAUCACAAAAGAGAGAGAAGAUAUGGAAGAGAUUAAUCAUUUUAGUCAUAGCCAUCCGUUAAAGUUGGUCAACAUGGAGACAAUUCUAGGUGCUAAUUUUGAUAGCCGUGGUGGUGGUGGUGGUGAAGAGAAAGAGAAACCAGGUGUAAUUGGUUGCUAUGCAUGUCAAAACCCUAUAUCAAGUGGCUUUGCAUAUGGUUGCACUCAAUGUCGUCAUUUUAUGCAUAAAAAAUGCUCACAAGUUGCGGCUGUUCUCAAUCUUCCUUCGAUAUAUGAGCAUCCUCUAACGGUAUUCGAUUUCGGAUAUACAAAAUCCGCAUCCUGGUCGUGUUAUGUUUGUCGCAAUCAAUGUAAAAUUAAGGGGUUUUGUUAUUGCUAUAGCACUCACACUGUAUUUAAUGCUUGCAUCGAUUGUUGUCUUAUUGAGAUUGCUCGCAAGGCAGAAGCUGAUGCUAUCAAGGAGGCGGGAAGGAUCAAGAUUGAACACAAUGGCCAUCCACAACACAUUUUAACCCUCCAAUUAAGGUCUGCUUCAUUUCGGUGUGAUGCUUGCAACACUAAGGAUGAAGGCUUCUUCUAUCUUUGUGAUAGUUGUGAUUUCAUGAUCCACAAGACUUGUGCUUCCUUAGCACCUACAAUCCAACUACCCCAUCACCCCAAUCACGAACUUGUUCUCAUCUAUUCGCUUCCAGAAAAAGUCUUUAAAUUUGCAUAUUAUUGUGAAUUUUGCAGCAUAUACAUCCGACGGAAUGACUGGCUGUAUCAUUGUGCCAACUGUAGAUAUUUUGCCCAUAUCAAGUGUGCCCUAACUGCAGAACAACCUUGUAUUCAAAGAGAUGGUCCGAGUACUUCUACAGUUGAUGAGGAUGAAAAUGGCUUGCUACAUUUUCCCAUGUUAGAUGAAUUUACAGAUCCAUUAAAACUACUACAUUCUGAAAAAUUGACUCAAGAUGAUGAUGAUGAAAAAACUGAGCAUCAGCAUUGGAGUCAUGAACAUCCAUUAAUCCUUCAUGUCCAACCUCAACCUAACAGCAUGUCUGAUUGUAGUGAUCCAAUAGAGGUAUGUCACGGGUGUGUACAACCCCUCUCCCUUCCGUACUAUAGUUGCAAAGAUGGAUGUUCUUUCGCUCUCCACAAAUAUUGUGCCGAGUUACCACUCAAAUUACAACAUCCACUUCACCCAGAUCAUUCACUUGUCUUGAUAAACACAUGGGGGCAUGAAAAGCACAAUGAAUGCAAUGGCUGUUAUAGCGAUGGCAACACAUUUUUAUACAGAUGUGAAACUUGCAAGUUCUACCUUGAUGUCAACUGUGCAUUUCUACCCAGAACCAUCAAACAUAAAUCCCACAAGCAUCCUCUUAUCCAAGUUAUUGAUCCUCGACCACUUUGUAACGCUUGCGACAUGUGGUCUGAGGGUAUAAGCUAUGCUUGUAAGGCUUGUAGCUUCAUAUUAGGCAUGCAUUGUGCAAUGAGGUCGCCAUAUUCCCUUGGUCAUAGGUAUUGCAAAGGACAUGAAAUUCCAUUGACGUAUCCCCCGGUCAUGGAUCAUCCUGAAGAUUUCUUUUGUGAUAUGAGAAUGAAAUGCACCCCAAAUUCCCCCUCUAUUAUUGUGGCAAUUGCAAAAAUUCUUUUCACCGUCAAUGCAUUAGUCGAAUCGAUUAUUAUUCAAACAUUUUCAAAGAAGGCACCUUGAAUGUUUCCUAUCACAAACAUCCAUUAACAUUUGUUUGGAGAAAGAAAACACCCAAGUAUGUGUGUUCUGUUUGUAAUCAAGAUGUUAAUGGUUAUUUGAUCCUCGAAUGUCGAGCAAGAGUCUGUAAUUUCAAUAUUUGUUAUCGGUG